AUGCAGCAGCCCCUUGAAGCACAUUGGAAGGUGGUUAAGCGCAUUUUGCGGUACAUCAGUGGCACUACUAGCUUUGGUUUGCGGAUUCAUCCGGCUAAAGAGCUCACUCUCACAGUUUAUACCAAUUUUGAUUGGGGGUCUGAUCCUGAUGAUCGAAAAUCAACCAAUGGUUAUUGUAAAGAGACCUGCAACAGCUAUGGAAGAGAAGGAGGUUGUCCAUGGAACCCAGAAGAACGCAAGCUAUUUUUGAAGGGAGUUGAAAAAUAUGGUAAAGGAAAGUGGAAAAGAAUAUCUCGCGAGUUUGUACCGUCGAAGACUCCAAAGCAAGUUGCCAGCCAUGCUCAAAAGUACUUUUUAAAACAAGAAGAAUCUGAAGAGAACACUAAUAAAAGAAGGUGCAAUAAUAUCCAUGAUAUGAAUAAUGCUUCCAAUGUUGGAGAAACUGAACCAUUGACCAUUAGGGAGCCACAACUGCAACAUGGUACCAUUGAUCAGCACAAUGAUGUAGAGCCAAUAAUAAGUUUGGGGAGUGCCAACAAUAAUCAAUUUGAGGUCAUUCCGAAUUCUGGUAAUUUGCAUAGCGAUGAUCCUUAUGAAUGUGAUCAGUGUUUCCGUGAGGCUUUAGAUAGCUUAGUUGCUCAGGGUGUGACCUUUGACGAAUUUCAGACAAUGAAGCAAAUGAUUCAAUAUAACAUUUAUAGUCUCCCAAUUUGUUCAAUCAAAGGUGUCAACAAUGGCACAGAAUAG